CGCUCCAGUGGCUCACCGGUCGCACAAGUAAAAACCGAAGGCCAAAACUACGAACUUCUUCGAGGUGAAAAGAUUGUGUUGUUCCUUAGCAAGCUAUUGAAAAAAUUAUAACAAUGGAAGACUCUGUACGACUACAAAGAUUCGAUCAACUUCCAUCAGCUACACAUUUUGCCUCUCAGAUUGAAUCUCGAAACAUUCCCGCCGUGUUCGUUGGAUGCGUUAAGGACUGGAAAGCUGUUUCCGAAUGGAAUCCUUCGAAUAGAGGCCUCGACUAUUUGGAGGAACGGGUAGGAUCAUUCAUGGUGGAGGCUAUGUUAUCACAAACUGCGCCAGUUUUUUAUGGUGAUCUUAGAAGACAUGAGAGGGUUCCAUUACCAUUUUCUACUUUUAUUGGCUUUUGUAAACGUCACAGGCAAAAUGUUGAUAGUUCUUGUAGUGUUAAUUCUAAUUCAGAAGGGCAUCAACUUGGAGAAUCUGACACAGAGCUAGGAACUUCACCAUAUGUAGAUGUUACUCCAGAACAGAUCUACCUAGCACAGAUCCCAAUUAUAAAUGCUGAGAAAGAAGAGAGGGUUCAAUUGGAAACUCUACAGGAGGACAUUCAUUUGCCUGCAAUAUUGGAGGGAAAAAAUAUAUCUUCUAUUAAUUUGUGGAUGAACAUUGCCCAAGCGAGAUCAAGUGCUCACUAUGACCCCCACCACAAUCUUCUAUGUAUAGUCACUGGUAGAAAACAAGUUGUUUUAUGGGCCCCUUCUUCAAGUCCUAUGUUAUAUCCCAUGCCUAUAUAUGGGGAGGCUUCAAACCAUAGUUCUGUUGCUCUGGAAAACCCUGAUUUUUCAAUUCAUUCAAGAGCACAAUGUUCCAUGGAAUACUCUCAGAAGGUUAUUCUUCAUGCGGGAGAUGCACUUUUCAUUCCUGAAGGCUGGUUCCACCAAGUAGAUAGUGAUGAGUUGACUAUUGCUGUUAAUUAUUGGUGGCGCUCCAGCAUAAUGUCUAGCUUGGCAGACCACAUGGAUGCAUAUUAUCUGCGUAUAAUACUUAGAAGAUUGACAGACAGAGAAAUGGACCAAGUACUUUUGAAGGGUCCUUCUGCUAUGUGGAGACAGGAUGGGAAUAAACCACACCUUCCAUGCAACAAAGGUAAUGUUGAUCAUAGCUUGGAUCAGGCUGGACAGAGCAAGGAUUUGAAAAAGAAAGAACAAGAGCAACUCGGUCUUUUGCAUGAAUUGAGACCCUGUGCUCUCCAGGCUCUUCAUGAACUUGUUGCUUUAGUUCAUGACCGUGUUAAUGCUUCUAAUCAAAAUCAACCAGUGUUGUCUAAUUCAACAAAUGGAUUGAUGUGUUAUAAGACAAAUGAGCAAAAUAAAACCUUAAUGACUGAAAUAUUUCAUUUAGAAGAAGAUCCAGUAGCUAAAGUUCUUUGGACCCUUGAACCAGGCAUCUUUAAGGAUAUUUUUCUUGCCAUGGCGCACAAUUUCCCCAGAACUUUGGAAGCUUUAAUACUGCACUUACUUUCACCGGUGGGGGCAGAAGUCUUUACACGGAAAUUUGACGAGAUAGAUCAACACAACACCGAAGAUGAUCGGAACAAAUUUUACCAGGUCUUCUAUGGGGUAUUUGAUAACCAAUUUGCAGCAAUGGAUGCUAUUCUAAACGGGAAAGAGUCAUUUGCAUGUCAGGCAUUCAAAAAUGUGUUGGAUAAAUAUGUAGGAGGGAACUUUGAUAAACGGAGUGUUGGACGAGACUUCUCAUGACACAACAUUCUUCACUAGGGAAUUGGUCCUCCUGAGAUGGUAAAUCGGUGCAUCUUCAUUCCAGAAACUAUCACAACCAGUACCUUCACAUUAUAGUUAUCAACAACUUCGUAGAAUACAAAUCAUUACAAAACUUGAAUAGUGCCUUAAGAACGUGUGUGUGUGUAAACAACAUUUUUAGGUGAAAAAUCUCAUGUACAACUAUAUGAAAAUGGUAAGCAUGAUUGAGGAAAAUCUGGUAAUUAGUUUGAGAUAGGGAAGUGCUUAAUCGAACCCUAAACUAUUAAACUUCCCCAAAGUUAACCACACACAAUGUCUCUGACCUGCAUUAUUUUAUUUGUUGAGAAUGGACAUUCAUUGAUCUGGGGACUUUAUGAGUUUA